AUGAAAAAUGAAUGUUUACAGCUAAAGCUGCUAAUAAUUGGUGAGAGCAAUGUGGGGAAGACUUCAAUCCUUCAGAGAUUUAUUGAAGAUAAAUUUGAGAAGACAUUCUCUACAACCAUAGGAAUUGAUUUUAGGUCUAAGAAUAUAAAUAUUAAUGGGAAAGAAAUUGAAUUACAAAUAUGGGACACAGCAGGGCAGGAGAGGUUCUUUUCAAUAACAAGGAGUUAUUAUAGGGGAUCAGAUGGGAUAUUUUUAACAUUUGAUUUAACAUCAGAAGGGUCAUUUGCUUCUCUUAGUAAGUGGAUAAAUGAGAUAAAAGAGAAAGUUAAUGAGAAUGUACCGGUCUUCCUUUUGGGGAACAAAAAGGAUUUAUUAAAAGGAAAGGAAUUUGAGACAACUGAAAUAUCAACAAUUAAAAAAAUAAAAGAAAUUUCUGAGGAAUUAAAGGUUCCCUGGUAUGGGACAAGUGCAAAGAGUGGAGAGAAUAUUGAAGAAAUAUUUAUGGAUAUGGCAUAUACGAUAAUACAGAACAAAAAAGGUGUUAAUGAUACAAUUAGUAAGAACACGUUUAAAUUUACUAAAAUGAAAGUUAGUGAUAUUUUUUGGUGUUUUAAAGUUAAAUAACUG